GAUAGAAAGAAGUAUAUAAUAUGCGCCACAAUAAUAUCGUGUGGUUUAUAAUUAAUUUCUUUAGUGGAGUGAUAACAAAUAUAUAGAGAAAAGGAAUGAUAAUAAGAGUAAGGAACAGGAGUGAUUGAAACUUGAAAGUUGUCAUUCAUGGCGAUUGAGGCAUGGUUGAUGGACGAUACCAAUGAAGAUCCAAGGCUUCCUCACCGUCGCAAUCCCAACGAAUCAGUUUCAUUGGACCAAUUGGCAGAAUUGGGGGUCUUGUACUGGAAGCUGAAUCCAACUAUCUACGAGAACGAUGAAGAGUUGAACAAAAUUAGAGAAGCUAGGGGAUACAACUACAUGGACAUGCUUGAUUUAUGCCCAGAAAAGGUAGAAAAUUAUGAAGAGAAGUUGAAGAAUUUCUACACCGAGCACAUUCACCAAGAUGAAGAGAUUCGCUAUUGUUUGGAAGGAAGUGGCUACUUUGAUGUGCGAGACAAGGAUGAUCGUUGGAUUCGCAUUUUGAUCAAGGCUGGUGAUCUUAUCAUUUUACCUGCUGGAAUUUAUCACCGGUUCACCCUAGACCCCAGUAACUAUGUGAAGUUGAUGAGGUUGUUUAAGGGAGAGCCAGUUUGGACACCAUAUAAUCGACCACAAGAAGAUAAUCCUUCUAGAAAGGAAUACAUUAAGAUCCUGAAUGAAAAAUUUGGAGUGCCACUUGCAGCUCAUUAGGAACCUGAAAUACUCUAAACUCUAUAUAGCUUAUAGUUUGUGAUGUAAAUGUUGGGAUUUCAUUACCUUAAAAGAAUACCUAUAUGCGAACCUAAAACGAAGCAUGAGAUGAAACAGACUUAAGAGCUUAUGAUGUAUGUUUAUCUGCUACUAGCUUCUCUUUGUGCAACUGCUAUUACAUUCUAUUAACUCGUGUUUAGUUGUUUAA